AUGCCUGCCGAACACCAUGGCGAGCACACGGACACUCGCUCCAAGCGCAAGCAGCCGCCCACGCCCUCCAACGAGCGUCCCAUGAAGCAGAUCAAACCCGAAGACGGCCACACGCGCAACGGCACAUACGCUGCUGCCUCGCCAGAGCCUCUAGCCCACGAGGAAACACCCACGCCCAGCUUGGACGUCAGCAUGGACGACCUCGCCCCGGCGCACAUUGCGGGCGCGCUCCACGACACGGCCGAGUGGCAGAAUACAAUCGAGACGGUGGUCAAGAGCGUCGUCUCCAUUCACUUCUGCCAGACGUGCUCGUUCGACACCGACCCGGCCGUCGCGAGUGAGGCAACGGGCUUCGUCGUUGAUGCGGAGCGGGGAUACAUUCUCACCAACAGGCACGUUGUUGGAGCAGGGCCAUUCAUCGGCUAUUGCAUCUUUGACAACCACGAAGAGGUCGAUGUCUUCCCAGUAUACCGCGACCCCGUACACGACUUCGGUAUCCUUCGCUUCGACCCCAAGAAGAUCAAGUACAUGCCCGUUACCGCGCUCGAGCUGCACCCCAAGAAGGCACAGGUCGGUGUCGAAAUUCGCGUUGUUGGUAACGAUGCCGGUGAGAAGCUCAGUAUCUUGUCUGGCGUGAUCAGUCGACUGGACCGCAAUGCGCCCGAGUAUGGCGAGGGAUACUCGGAUUUCAACACAAACUAUAUACAAGCUGCUGCUGCGGCAAGUGGCGGCAGUUCUGGCAGUCCUGUAGUCAACAAGGAUGGCUUUGCAGUCGCACUACAGGCCGGUGGCAGAGCUGAUGGCGCGGCGACAGACUAUUUCCUUCCUCUCGACCGGCCAUUGCGGGCUCUGGAGCUCGUACGCCAGGGCAAGUUCGUACCGCGGGGUACUAUUCAAACGCAGUGGAUUUUGAAGCCGUUUGACGAGUGCCGCCGCCUAGGUCUAUCGCCCGACACAGAAAAGGCCGUCCGAACGGCAUUCCCGAAAGAGACGGGAAUGUUGGUGGCCGAAGUCGUUCUCGAGAACGGCCCUGCGUCCAAGAAGGUUGAGGAGGGUGAUGUCCUCGUCAAGGUCAAUGGCCAGCUCCUGACACAAUUCGUACGACUAGACGCCAUGCUAGAUGACAGUGUUGGUGGCAAGGUAUCGCUCACCAUACAACGUGCGGGCGAGGAUCUCGAUGUCGAAUUGGACGUUAAUGAUCUCCACGACAUCACUCCGGAUCGCUUCAUAUCGGUUGCCGGUGCCUCUUUCCACGAUCUUUCCUACCAGCAAGCUAGAUUGUAUGCCAUCUCACUCAAGGAUGCUGGUGUCUACGUAUGCGAGGCUGCUGGAUCCUUCCGCUUCGCCGAGGGCUUCACAUCUGGUUGGCUCGUCCAAGAAGUCGAUAACCAUCCUACGCCCAACCUGGAGACUUUCAUCGAAGUCAUGAGGAAGAUCCCAGACCGGAAACGAGUAGUCAUGGUAUACAAGCAUUUGCGCGAUCUCCAUACUGCGAACACAAGCAUCACAACGAUCGAUCGACACUGGCACGCUAAGAUGAGGGUGGCCAAGCGAAACGACGAAACGGGCCUCUGGGACUUCACUACAAUAGCCGACGCAAUACCCGCUGUACCCCCGAUUCCUCGGAAAGCAAACUUUAUCAAGCUCACGUCGAACUAUCCUGCUGCCGUCGAUAUCGUCCGCAGCUUUGUGCGCGUGCACGUCCACAUGCCCAUCAAGCUAGACGGCUUCCCCAAGAGCAACAAGCAAGGCUACGGUCUCGUCGUAGAUGCCGAACAGGGUCUUGUCCUCGUCUCCCGAGCUCUCCUUCCCUACGAUCUGUGCGACAUUUCCCUCAUCAUUGCAGACUCCAUCUUUGUCGACGCAAAGGUCGUUUUCAUGCACCCUCUCCAGAAUUACGCCAUCAUAAAAUACGACACGUCGCUUGUAAACGCGCCAGUCAAGACACCGAAGUUUGCGACCGACUUUAUCAAAAAGGGCGACGAGACAGUCUUCUUCGGCUUAAAUCAGAACUUUAGGCCAGUCGUGACCAAGACCACCGUCACGGAUAUCAGCACGGUAGCCAUCCCUGCUAGUGCUGUCACACCGAGGUAUCGCGCUACUAAUUUUGAUGCUAUUACCGUGGACACGAACCAGGCUUCCCAUAGCCAUUCCGGUGUGCUGGUCGCCGAAGACGGCACCGUGCAAGCGCUAUGGCUUUCGUACCUUGGCGAGCGUACGUCUCAAUCAGGGAAAGAUGUCGAAUACCACCUCGGUCUCGCUAUCCCCAUGAUUCUGCCCGUCCUUGAGCAGAUCAAGAGCGGAAAGACACCAAAGCUACGCAUCCUCAACGUCGAGUUCCAGACCGUGCAAAUGAGUCAGGCAAGAGUGAUGGGCGUACCCGAGGAGUGGAUCGAGAAGACAGAGCGUGAAGAUCCAGAGCGGCACCAGCUGUUCAUGGUGCGCAAGGUCGACUCCGGACAUGAGGGCGGUCUCAUGGAAGGCGAUGUCUUGCUCACCCUCAACGGCAAGCUAAUUACCCGCGCGCCGGAUCUGGAUGUCAUGUACGACCAUGACUUCCUAGACGCGGCCAUUGUGCGGAAACGCCAGGAGAUGUCCCUCAAGGUCCCGACCGUUGCCACCGAAGACCUGGAAACCGCCCGCGUGGUCAACUUCUGCGGCGCAACGCUGCACCGUCCUCAUCAAGCUGUGCGCCAGCAGAUCUCCCGCAUCCACUCCGAUGUCUACAUAUCCAGCCGCUCCCGUGGUAGCCCGGCGUACAUGUACGGCCUCGCACCCACAAACUUCCUCACUCACGUCAACAACGUCCCUACGCCUGAUCUCGACUCUUUCCUGACGGAGGUCAAGAAGAUCGCCGACAACGAGUACUUCCGCCUCAAGGUCGUCACCUUCGACAACGUGCCGUGGGUGGCUACCAUGAAGAAGAACGAGCACUACUUCCCGACCAUCGAAUACGUCAAGGACGCAGAAGAGGAACUUGGGUGGAAGAAGAUCAUCCACGAGGCGGAUGCGGGUGGCGCGAGGGAGGAGAUUGCGCCGGCGGAGGUGGAGGGCGGUGGGGAGGAUGGCGAGUAG